AUGUAUGGAAAUUUCGCGGCAUACGCCGCCGCAUCCUCCGGCGCCCAAGCGGCCUUUGGUGUUCCCAGCCUGCCGCAAACCCACCAGCAAACCCAAUCCGAGCCGUGGCGCAUUCAACCAACAGCAGCUCUGGCCGUGCACAUUCCUAGCGCGUACGACACGAGCUACCCUACGCCGUACUUGACUGCCUUGUUUCACGCCUCUCCAUUGCGCCCGCGCGCUGACCCCGGCGCAAUCUACAGCCCGCAGCACGCCGCCUUUGGCCAGCUUUCAGGCGUCCCUGACGGCGCCGGCUAUGUUUACCAGGGCGUAUAUGGCAUGACUCAGCAUCCAGAGGGGGGCGGCCCAGAGGGGGGGAGCGGGUACGGCGACAGCGACGACUCACCAGGCUGCGGUGGCGGCGGCGGCGGUACUUCCAUGUUGUACGGCAGGUCCACCAGCAGCGGCAGCUCCGUCAAGUCUGGGUACGGUGGCGGUGGCGGCGGCGGUAGCGCUGCCGCCGCAGCUGGGACACGUCACCGCUCACAGGCCCAGCAGCCAGCCUCCGCCGCUACCGCUAUCGCCGCCGCCCCCGCCGUCGCCGCCGCCGCCGCCGCCGCCGCCGCCAGGUCUCAAGUGGGUCGAGUCAAAGAGGGCGCCCUGGUCAGUCAUUCAUCAGUAGAGCAGCUGGCGCAAUCAGCGCCGCUAUGGGUGGUUUACUACAAUUACACCGUCAACGGACCCGUGGGUCACUCCGGCAUUCUGACGGGGGACCAGCUCAUGCAGGCUUACCGGAACCGUCGCGUACACGGCCACACGUUGCUGGUGGGGCUCGCUGCUGAAGCCCGGUCCCUGCUGUCGUCGUCGGCAGCGGCGGCGGCGGUGGCCUGUUGCGGCGGCGGCGGCGCUGCACCAUCCUCCUCAUCGUCAUCUUUAUCCUCAUUGCGGUCACCGUCACCCUCAGCGCCGUCCUCGGGACAGGGCGGCGGCGGCGGCGGAGGUCCAGUCGUACCGCCCUCCUUCCUCCGACCAUUAGUCUUCUACCUCGCGCUUGCCCAAGCAGGAAUGCCGUACACGCCGAUCACGUCCGACCAGCUGAUGGCGGGUCUGCCGCCGCUGGGAUGGUGCCUUCCGGCGCCGCUCUUGCAGCCGAAGGUUGCUGCCGACGCCGCCGACGCCGCUGCUGCCGCCGGCUGCUCCUUCGGAGCCCGGGGCCCAGCCAAACAACAGCCGCUGGCCCGCUGGGCAGGGCCAACAGUGGACACGGCCGUACGGCAGCUGCUGUCACGCGCGCCGUUUUGGUGCUUGCUCAACUUGUACGGCGAAUCCGGCCGCUGGAACUGUCACCAGAACCUGACGGCGGCUCAGCUUCAAGAGCGGCUGCCAGCGGGGCACUCGUGUCUUCACGCCUGCGUGCUGGGUACGACAGAACGACUCCCCGGCGGCGUCUGGAUCCCGACGUCUCUGGUGCUUCCGCUGGGGGCGCUUCUGCAGGCUGUGACGGCGGACGGCGACGGUGACGGUGCGCCUCUGCAGUACAUCCCUCAGAGCGCCGCCGACGUCCGGUACUACAUUGAGGAUGCCAUAGGUGCCGUACUGGGCCGACAGGAGGCGGCGGCACGCCUGCAGGCACACCUGACACACUUAGCGGCGGCGACGGCGACGGCAGCCGUACACCGGCCGCCGUCGUCGUCGUGUACCAAGGGGCUGACGCUGCCAAAUGGUCAACUGGACCCCAGCGCUGCGGUGUUCGUACCGCAGUGUACGGUGGCGGCAGCCGGCGGCGGCGGCUCACUGCCAAAACGGAUGGGGACUGCGGCCGGGGCCAAAUCAGAAUGUACCGCCGCCGCCGCCGCCGCGACGGCGGCGGCAGCUGCUGCCAAGGCGAAAUCCGGGCGCACCUUACCGCCCGAUUGUACGGGUGCAAUUCCAGCGACGGGUACGGCUGCCGAGGCGAAGGCGGAGGUGGAGGCAGACAUGGUUCAGAUGCCACGGCCUGCGCCACCAACGGAGAAGGCUCUUGAGGGGGACCAAGGACAGCACGCAUUCACCUCGCUUUGGUGGUACAUGGACCCGCUGGCCCCUGAUGGCGGCAGCGGCGGCGCGACCGUGGCGGCGGCGGGUACGGCACGCACGUUGGGGCCGUACAGUUGCGAACAGAUGAUUUUGGCGUACAUUGCCCAGCUGCUGCCCCACGACGCCCUGGUCUGCGGCACCCAGAGCACCUUGGCGCCGGACUCCGCACCUCCACCUCCACCUCCACAGCCAUCGGCCUUCCAGCCGCUGGACCACCUGCUGGUGGCGGCGGAGGAGGGCCACUCGUACGCCCUGCUACCGGCUGUGGCGGUGACGGCAGCUCCCGAACGGCUGACGGUGCUGACGCAGCAGCAGCAGCAUGGCCCAGGGAUCUGUGCCUGCUGCCGACCGGCAAUGGGCAGCGAGCCUGUCGUCCAGUACGUCACAUAUGUAGAGGGUGUCGUACUUGAGGUAGAAAUGGCUGACGGCGACGUCGUAUAUUUUAACCAAGACGCAGGGGACGACGAGAACGGCGGGUCUAGCGGCGACAGCCUAUCUGGAGUGGCUGCAGCCACCGUCGUGGGAUCCGCUGAUAGCGGCGGCAGCGGUGGCGGUGGUAGUGGUGGACCACUGGUGUUCGUACCUGACCUUGUCAUCCCGCCGCUGCCAUCACUGGACUCCGAUUUCAACUCUGUCAGCUCUGCGCUGUGA